AUGGAGGGGGUUACGGGGAGGAGGGCAAUUCCUCGAGCAGAACGCAGCAGCGGACUGCUGUUCGACCAUGGAAGGCAAUCAAGAGAGGAAGUGAGGCUGCGAGCCGCCCAGACGUCAAACAGGCCAGGAUUGCUGCGCGAAUUGGAGACGCAGACCUUUGGUAAGGAAGGCAACGCAAUGCCGCCUAGAGAAAUAUUCAUUGGCCGGAGGCAGUCACCAGAAGCCGUGAGAAGAGUGCUAAAGUGA